AUGUUAGUGUGUCUACUGUCGGGGAAAACGGAUUGUGGCCUCCAGGCAGAACUAACAAAGACCGUGACUCUGGAGUUGGGGAAGCCCUUGCUGACGUUUGUGUCGUCCCUCAGAUCCCAGACAUGCUCUCCUCUGAGCAGCGACGGAGAGUCAAACAGCUUCAUGGGGGCCUACAUCAGGAUGGGGGAAACAACAACAGCAGCAUUAAACGGAGAUCUCAAGCAGCUUAUUUUGUGGGGAAUAAGCAACAAUGUGACCUGGUCCUUCGGUACCUCCAUCAUUGACAUCCUCAUGGAAAUCUUUCUGGCUCCAGAGCAGUCUCUGUGCACAUAUCCAGGAUCAGAGUGCCAGAACCCUCCCAGCGUCUCCUUCCAACGCAGCGCCUCAGAGACAAACGACAACAUCAAUAACAACCAGGAAAUCCUGUUAAAAUGUGAUCGCCACAACCUGGCCAGGCUCAACGACACGCUGUGUGCCAACAUCCUCACGGGGUCCAGAGCAGGAUCCACAUCUGUGCUCACAUUUUGUCAGGCGCUAAGCUCCCUCAGCCCUACCCAGAUAGAGCAGGUGUGGAGCAACACAUGUUAUGUUAUUCAAACACUGGCAUCUCCACUUCUCAGCCGGUCAUCGGACUGCAGCUUUGGGGACGCCCAGCCUCCCCCUGCCGCCACCCCUCCCUCUGAGACUGCCCUUCCUUCUCCAUCUGCACCUCAUCGAGUAGUCAGAGAUGCCUCCAACCUCAAAUUGCUCGCCUGCAACUUUGACAACUGGUUGGAUACUGGGAUGGUGGACGCUGUCCUGGUGUCCCUGUGCAGCGAUAACGAACGUGAGGUGUUUGUGAAGCAGGUGUGUAACAAUGCUUUGUUGAUGAGGAAGCUGCUCUUAGACAAGAUGAACUUCUGGCUGUAUGGAUACUGUGCCAACUCCUCUGCAGAGCCUGGGUACUUGGUGAGUCAGUUCUGCGUCUAUGAGAGUUGGAUCGAGCAGUCCUCAGUCUUGGUGGACCCGCCCUUACUGGAGUUCUGCUUUAGCUUGGACCGGUUCAGGCUGACCCAAAUCAUCUGUGAGCACACUGGAUUCUUCAUGUUUCUAUUCUCCAACCCUGACAAUGGACCGUUCAUGCCUAACUGCACAAGCCUGCCCCCUGCAUCACAAUUCCCAGAGAUGGGUCCAUUGAUAUUAGAUUCUUGUCGUUACUCAGAGUGGCAUGAUGUGAUGCAGAUCACCAUUGACGUUUUGUCGCAGUGCAUCCUCCAAGAUAACAUUGCUUUCACCAGAGAGGUUUGCUCUAACAAAACGUUUCUGAACAGCCUCCUGCGCAAUAAAGAGAAUGCCUGGCUUGAAGCUCACUGCAACUCAUCUCUCGCCGUUCUACCCACCGAGCCGAAUGAGAUCUUCGACAUCGUUGGCUGGUGCGAAUACCAGACCUGGGGAGAGCGGGAGGUGGAUGAUUCAAUGUGCAGGUACUCUGAGUGGACCCGUCCCAUCAUCGUGGACAUGACUGUGCUAGCUCUCUGCGCUGAGAUCGACAAACUUAACUUCACGUCCAAAGUCUGCACCAACGCCACGAUACUCCAGAACCUGUUGGCCAACCAGGACAACACCUGGUUAAUACAGCACUGUGCCAACCAUUCAGUAACAGGGAUAGCUCCAGGAACAGUCCUGCCUGGGUUCAAGCCUGCAGAGCAGUGCCUGUACGCCAGCUGGAGCACGUCCCUUCCAGACGCAGCGCUCCUGACUCUCUGCUGGGAGCAGGACCAGACCAGCUUUGUCUCCUCCAUCUGCCCUAAUGCUGGUCUUCUCUUUUUGCUGUCCCGGGAGCCAUCUAGUGUAUGGGUGGGCAGAAUGUGUAUCACCUACACCAACUACACCACUCCUAAGAAUAACAGCAGCACCACCGCACCGCCUACUUUUUGCCUGGCCAAAAGCCUGGUGAGUCAGUUCAACUGGAGCUGCUCUGCUGACUUCACCUCCGCCUGCCAGCCGGGGGCCAGCCAGAAAAUGGCCCUGCAGAUGAUGCUGCGCUGCUGGGUGGAGAGUCUGAGGUACAGGGUGGAGGGGCUGAUGACUCCACCUGUGGCCACAGUGCUGGAGCAGGCGGUCAGCACUGCAGUGGUGAUACUGUUGGCACUUGAGGAAGUCCAGAACACCUCGCUGUACGUCAACAAGAACAUACGACUGAGUGUGUUAACGUCUGUAGGUCACUAUCUGGAGAGGGAGACAAACUUCGACAAAAAGAGGGUGUUGCUGCAGUGCUUUGGGACAGUCUUAACCAGCCUGAUGCAGACCGCAAGGGACGUGAGCAGUAAUGAAUUGCUCGUCAUUAAGGAGUAUUUCAGUAUCCCUCUGAGCAGCCUGAGCUCAGUGCUCAGUUCAGCUCACAUCACUACCGUCAGACUGAUCCUCCGGUACUACAACAGAAACAAGGAUACACUGCUGUUGCCAAAAAGGUACCUGUCCACCAUGGUCUCAGUGCUGUUCCAGACCCACCUGGUUAAAGACGGCAGUCUGUUCCCGGAUCUGGCCGCCCUGCUUGCUGCAGCGAGCCCAGCUGACAUCCAAGCUUUGCCCUCACUGCAGAACAACAUCAAUGUGAGGGAGACCAUUAACAGAGACUUGAAGACCAUGACUCUGGACCAGCGGCAGGCCUUUGGCUCGUGGUACAGCAAAGUUAUGCCUGUCUCUUACAUUAUCAGAAGUCAUCAGUCACUGAUCAAGGACACCGGAAACCUGAUUGCCUACCUGCCCUUCCACAACUUCCAACACCUCUCCUCUGCUCAGCUGUUGGACGGGCUGGAUGUGUUGCAGAGAAACCCCCUCACUUCUCUAAAGCAGGAGUUCAUAGCUCACAAAGUCAUCGGCACCUACAGGAAUCUGACGGCUCAGGAUUUUAUCAGGCUUGGUAAUCUGUCAUGCAUGGCAGACCCUGAGGACCUCCUUGUAUACAAAGAAACUGAGGCCUUCAGUGUCAUCCGGGACAUAGUGAUGAACUGCACACGUGACAGUAUAGGUCUGCCCAGCCAUCUGGUUUCCAGUGUGUUACUGAACAGUGCAGAACUAAAGAUCCCCUCCCUGCUCAGUCCUGACCACCUGGCAGAGCUCAGCCACCUCCUGCCCUCGCUGGGUGUGACCUUCCUGCAGGGCGUCACUCCCUCACAGCUGCUCUCUGCCCUCCCCGCCCUCAGCUCUGUUCCAUUCAGCCCUGCUCAGGCUUCCAUAAUUGUGGAGAAGUUGUCUUCAAUGACAAGUCUCACCGAUCCCGGCCAGCUGCAGAAGCUCGGCUCGCUCAUUGUGGGAAUAAAGACAGAGACCUUCUUGACUCUUACCUCGGACAAGCUGCUGACUUCCCUCCCAGAUAUGGCCCAACACACACCAGGCCUAAGCCCGCCACAGGCUAAUGCUAUCUCCACAAAACUAUGGGGCUUCCCAGAAGUAGUGGGUUGGCAGAAUGAUGUGGAGCCGUUGCUCUAUUGCACGCCCCUGCUCAGCGUCAUGCCAAGGACUCGUCUGCUUGUGAACAACCUCACCACCGCAUCCUCCAAACCCUGGAACACACAGCAGAAAAAGUGUGUGAUCGAGGAGCUGUACCAGUUUGAGUUCUUCUCUGAGCUGCUCAAAGAUCUCGGGGUUGAGAUUGCCCUUUCCAUGCCGGUUAGCACCAUUAAGAAGUUUCCCACAGAUAUGAUGGAGACUCUGAGGAAAAUAAUUGUCCAGGAACCUCGUCACUUCCUGUUGCUCUCCAGAACAAAACAAUACCUGCUGGUGGACAAAAUGGUGCAGAGGAUGGGCAUGUACACAGGGGUGUUCACUGAGGAGGAGUUUAGUUCCCUGGGCAUUAUGGCUCCGUUUGUGGUGGAUGAGGUGUUGAUUCAGCUGGACCGCAGCUUCUUCAUCGAGAACCUGGAUUUCCUCCAACGUCUCUGCUACAGCAGCAGCAAGAUGGACAUCAUGGCUCGUAUCCUGCAAGAACCUGCUGCCUUCGGCCCGGUCAACAACUGGAACCAGACAACACUCAGCCAAGUGGACCGGUUUCUAUUCUUCCUGCCUGAAAAAAAACUGCAGGAGAUUUCCCUGGCGGUGAUGACAGUGGGCCGGAUAGAGAAGCUGUUCAUGAGCCAGCGUCAGUGGGAACGUGGGGAUGUGGGGAUGGACUGUUUCAACGAGAACGAGAGGAAGAGAUUCUUUGAGAAGCAACAAUUUGUUCUACAGUUUUUCCUGGGCUUUCUCAAAAUAAAUCCUGAUUCACCGACUCCUAUGGUUCCUACUUGUGAGAUUCUGCAUACAACAUCUCCCUCUGUCUGGACCUCCAAUAGUCUGACCAGCAUGUCCCCAUCGGCCUUCUCCAACUGCCUGGAGCUGAUGGGUCAGGACACGUUUCUCGCAUCCUACCAGCGCAGCCAGGUGCUCAAGAGAGUCAAACAGAUACACGGCCCGGUUUCAUCCUUCUCCCAGUCUGUGAUCUCUCAGCUUGGAGGAAUAACGAUAGAGCUGACACUGGAGGAGCUGAGCAGGCUCCGACUGUUGGAGCGGACAAGCAUCGCUGCUCUGGGGUCUGUCAGCGCCUGGAGCAACAGACAGCUUUCUGCACUGUUUGCCACUGUGUUAAACUCCACCAAACAAAGUCCGAGCCAGCUUGACUCCAGCACACUGGUGGCUAUGGGAUACAUUGUGUGUGGAGCUAAAACCACAGAGAUGAAUUCUUUCAACGCUGUGGAGUUCAGUAAGGCGGUGCUCUGGCUGGGUCAGCUGAGGCUCUCCUGCUCUGAGGAGCAGCUGCUGGCUCUUGUUGGGCUGCUCGCUCACAGUCUGGCCUUUGGACCCAUAAGCGCGUGGGGAACUGAUAUCUUCAUUGAGAUAGGAGUUCUGGCAGCUGGUCUCCCAGACAUGGCUAUGUCAGCUUUGGUGAAAGAGCAAAUAGAAGGAAUGACACCUGCAGCUGUCACAAUGAUACCACCUGAUAAGUUUGCUGUGGUGUUUCACCAGAGACAGAUCGGCAUGUUCUCCUAUGAGCAGGCGUCUGCAGUGACUGAGGAGCAGCUCUCUGCUCUGUCCGACGUUCAGAGGACCGCUCUGGCUCUGGUGCUGACACCGUGGGAGGACAGGCCUGUAGACUUCAGAGGGAAGUCAGGGGCGCUGGCACUGGGCCACAGUCCUCUGUGUCUCUCUCUGGGACUGCUGAUGCUGCUCAUCGUCCUGACCUGCCCCACCCUCCUCUGCCCCGGCACAUGACCCCACUCACCCCUGCUGGAUCAGGAAACAACUCCUCACCCACAUAACCAAUAUUCUCAAUUAUCUAUGCAAUACCUCGUUGAAAUAAGCAGCACUUCAGGAUUUAUAUUGUGUAAUGACAAUGUUAUUUGUUUUGUGCAUCUUUCACUUAUAUUUACAUAUCAACAUUCGGCACUGAAGGAAUUGGUUUAAUUAGAACAAAACACAGUACAUAUUAAUAUACAUUAUAAACAGCAUAUCUAUCGACCAACAUUGACAAUUUUUUUCAUUACACUUGGAUUAUUUAUUCAUUUAUUUAUUUUAUAAACCUCUAUGCUCCACUUCAAAGUAUCUUCUAAUGUGAUGCACUACCCAGAAAAACAACCAAGACACUUAAAAUAUUUAAAUACACCUACAAAGUUAUAUAUUUUUGUGAAAUAAUAUAUUAUUUUUCUCAGAGUAAGAGUUGUUAUGUUUGCUAUAUUUAUAUAUCGAUUGUGUGUUAUGAUGAGAUAACAGGUAUGUUCAAAGAGACUUCAUUCUACUAGUUUCGGUGAACUUGUCAGUCUUACUUUGCUGUGAGUUUUGUAUUGUUGUGCACACUUUCUGGUGUGAUAAAUACAGUCUUAAAUUAUGAACCAAUCUGCCUCUGAUUGACUCUUUUUAUUUCUUAAUACAUUCAUCAAAGUGGAAUUACAAAGGGUAGAAAUGUAUCUUCUCACAAUUCUCAGUAAUAUCUCACAUCCACAUCAACACAACAUCUCAUACUUUUGCUAAAUAAAACUGGGAAUAUCUCUAUUAUCCAUCCUUUUCAUUUUAAGUUUGUUCACUCUGCAACUCAGCAACU